AAUUAAUACAUGAGUUAUUUCCCAACACUUAGACCUGAAUCAUUUGUAGAAGAAAGGAAAUAAGUCACUCUUCCUUAAACAGAAUAUGUACUAUAACUGUUGUUUAAUUGAAGACAACAAAGUAUACUAGAUCUUCGAGACCAGAGGGAUAUCAAUUUUGGCAUAAAAAAGGGAAAUUAAAUUCUUAUUCAAGCAAAGUGUUAAGCACCAAUUACUAAUUACAAUCCCAAUAGAUUCCAGGACAAUCUAUACUCCUUGGAGGAUGUGGUUAAACUUAAUAAUGCUGUACUCCUUGUGGUUAAUCAUCUUGCGGUCCAUCAUAAUAAACAGUAGUAAGAUUGGGAGUAGUAUCAAGAGAAGAAAUUGAAGCACCUUGGAGAGAUGAAGUGCUCUAUUUAUAAUCUCUUAUUGCAGAAUUAGAGAAGAAGAAGGAGGUGUAAAUAGUUAAGGAGAUGGACAAUACAAGAGUAAAUGUACAAUUUAAAUUUAGGUUCAUGAACUAGAAGAUGAGAAUCAAAGAUUGAGAGUUUUAAUUGAACAGACUCGCAGCGAAGUGAUUACUUAAAGAAUAACAGAAGUCAACAAUGAAGCGGAAGUGUGGAAGAGGAAGUUUUAGGAAAUAAACCAUGAUUAUAGUGAGACUCAAGAGAAAUUGAUGAAUGCUGAAAUUGAAUUAGAAGCUCUGAAAAAGCAGAAGGUAUGGCUAUGAGGUGUAUUAGAGAUUGUGACUACGAGUAGUACGGUAACGAGGUCAGUCGUGAAAAGUUCAGGUUCAACUGUCAGAUAGUCGGUGUCUGGUAUUAAACCAAAUGUUUGA